AUGGAGAGUCACCUGCAUGAUGUAAAUAUAGUACACAAUGUGAAAUUAGAUCCCCAUUUACACGAUGUACCAGUUGCUCACAUAAAAAUGGAUUCUCACUUAAUGCAUGAGGCGGUACCUCAUAAUAUAAAGAUGCACGACGGUUCACACAACGUUAAAUUAGAUUUACACGAAGUUCCUAUAACCCACAGCAUGAAAAUGGACGGUCAUAUACAAGUACCAGUUAACCAUAUACCCCAUAUGAACCAAAACAAUCAAAUACAACAGAACGUUACUCAGAACGUGGAGAAUGAACCGGAGAAUCUACUGAAGCCGAGAAUAGAGAAGAAGAAGAAAGAAGCUAUAGAUGGACAAGCCAGAGAAAUUAUAUACAAAGUUAUCAAGUUCUUUGAGAGUGAAAAACAGAACAGAGGUUACGCGUUCCCUGUUGAAAAUGUAGUUAAAAGAGCCUGUGCAGCCACUGGCCUGUCUGAAAGCACUAUAAAAAGGAUUAAACGCGAAGGUAUUAGAGCUGAAGCUACACAUACUAAAAUGGCUGGCCCCAAGAAGAAAAGAGUACGGAAAACUAAAGUCCAACUGGAUUAUUUCCAAUUAUGUGCGCUACGAGGCAUCGUUAACAGUUACAGUAUGAGAAAAGAAGUACCGACGUUAGGCAAAAUACUAACAGCGGCCAAACAUGAAUUAAAUUACAGAGGCGGCAAAGAAUCUCUCAGGCUAAUAUUACUGAACAAGCUAGGUAUUAAGUUUAAGAAGUGCGAGAAGAAAAAUAAAAAACCACCGGAGCCAAAUCAGACGACUGCGAUUCAACCGAUGCCCAAUGUUAUGUCUCAUUUGCCGAUGCAGCAAAUGAAACCGGAAAACCAAUGUAUUUAUAGCAAUAUGAUGCCUCAAGUACCUCCUGUAUCAUAUUGA